CCAGCAACAGGAUUUACACGGAUGCACAGGGACCCCGCGCCGCUGCCGUGACUACUUACUCCAUCCCAGCACCCAGAUAAUUCGGAGCUGACAAUGAGCCACAUGAAUGUUCCGGUUCUGCUCAUUAUCCUGUCAGUGAGUGUGAGCUGCAGGGAGGCCGCCCCUAUAGACAGACUCAAGUCGUACGAUGCCCGGGACUGGGCGGCACCGAGGGGCUGGAUCUCCCUACAGACCAAACACACUCUGUUCCGACCCAUGAAUGAAGUCCCGCAGUCGGACAGCAGCAGCAGGCAGAAGGGGCACCGUUUAGAGAAGAGAAAGUGCAACACCGCCACGUGCGUGACGCAGCGCCUGGCCGACUUCUUGGUCCGAUCCAACAAUAACAUCGGCACCAUUUACUCGCCGACCAACGUGGGCUCCUACACAUACGGCAAAAGGGACCUUUCUGGGGGUUCUUAGCAGGAACGCCCCCCCAUUACUACCUUCCUGUGAAUAAAUCAUCGUUAGGGCCCCAUCUUAUUCUCACCGCCUCCUGUAACGGGGACAGUCUCAUUCAUUAACCCUUACAGACCGCGUGGGGGGGGGCGGCACAAAGUGUUCUGCUGGGAAAGUCUCCGACAGGAACGAGAUGCAAAAUAUAUAAUAUGAUUUGUCUGCAGCAAUGAACUUGCCGCAAAGUUUUUUUUUAUUAAAAUGUUUGGAAAUCCAAAAGCGCUCUCUGU